AUGAUGAGACGGAGUGUGUUGGUGGUGUUGGGCUUGCUCGUCGGUUCGGCCUACAGCAGUUGCCUCGGCGGAGGCUGUGGCGGAGGAUCCUCUGGUGGCAUCAGCCGCUCCUACGGAGGACCAACCAAUAGCUUCGGAAGUUCCGGAGGAGGCGGAUCCUUCGGAGGAGGAUCCUUCGUGGGAGCUCUGGCGGAGGCGGUGGAGGAGGAUUUGGUGGAGGCUCCUUUGGAGGAGGAUCCUUUGGCGGCGGAGGUGGCGGUUCUUUCGGAGGUUCAGGCGGCGGUGUGUCUGGCAGUUACCUGCCACCCUCCGGAAAAUAACUGCAUCUACAGGAGAAACAUAUGUUCUAUUAAAUUUUGUUACGGCGGACCAAGUAAUAUCUUUGGAGGAGGAGGUAGCGGCGGAUAUUUCGGAAGUGGCGGGGGAUCCUUUGUCAGAAGCGGCGGUGGUUUCGUCGGCGGAGGAGGAUCCUUCGGCGGGGAAGUGAGCAACACUUACAAUGGCCCAAGCAAUAACUUCGGAGGCUCUGGCGGAGGCGGUGGAGGAGGAUUUGGUGGAGGCUCCUUUGGAGGAGGAUCCUUUGGCGGCGGAGGUGGCGGUUCUUUCGGAGGUUCAGGCGACGGUGUGUCUGGCAGUUACCUGACACCCUCCGGGAAAUAA